AUGGCGGCAAUGGCUGGGCGGCAUUUGGCUUCAACACCACCGGACCGAGACAAGAAGACAGCGGUCAUUGGCGGCGGUGCCAUCAUCAGCGAGGUCAUUGCCGCUGCAGACAAGGCCGGUGUGCUCAUCCAGACGGGCAACUGUAACUGCGUCGGUGCUCUCGGCGCGGGUCUCGGUGGCGGAUACGGUAAUCUCAUCGGCGAAUUCGGCAUGGCGGUCGACAACAUCCUGUCUCUCCGCGUCAUCACCCCCGAGGGAAAGGCGAUCAACGUCUCACCAUCCUCCAACCCAGAUCUCUACUGGGCCAUGCUCGGUGCGGGCCCGAACUUCGGUAUUGUCACUUACGCAACUGUCAACGCUUUCCCUACCGCCGACCGCAACGCUUGGCUCAUGUCUCUGACCUUCGACCACUCCAAGAUCGCCCAAGUCGCCCAAGCCAUCCAGGAUCUCCCGCUUCUACCUCAGCAAGUUGUCUUCCUCAUCCUCACAAACUCGGGCGAUGCCAAAAACACCCCCACCGUACUAGUCACUGGCUACCUCCGUGGCGGCGACGAGACAUCGGGCCAUAAGGCGUUUGCAUCCCUGUACGCUCUCGGUCCCCAGACAAACAGUAGCUCUACCGCCCCUUACACGGGUUGGAAUGUCGGCAACGACUUCUUCUGCGGCCGCGGCGGCCGCAAGCCGGCCUUCACCACCGCUCUCAAGGAUAUGAAGUCCUCGAGCUGGCCAGCCAUUUGGGACCUGUACGCCGACUUCCAGAAGCAGCCUGGGGCGGAGAAUUCAGCCAUUGUGAUUGAGCGUUACAACCUCACCAAGGCCAGGUCGGUCGGCCGUGGUGCCACUGCCGUGCACGAUGAGCUGCGCUUCGACUCGUUUGCGCAAGCUAUUGCACUGCCGUGGUACAAGGAUGCCGCCCUCGACACACAGGCCCUCGACUUUGCCUCCAAGGUCCGCGACAUUUGGAGCUUUUCCGCUAAUGCCAAGGCCAACCCGGCAUACAUCAACUUUGCGCAUGGUGACGAAGAACUUGUCGCUAUUUACGGCUCGAGCCUCCCCCGACUCCAGAAACUCAAGAGCAAGUACGACCCUGAUAAUGUAUUUGGACAGUGGUUCAGCCUUGCGUAG